AUGGGUGACUAUGGCCCCGCAUCUAACCACUCCACUGAACCUUCGCUUGCAACCGCACCCGACAUCUCCGUACUGAUAACGGGCUUUGGCCCCUUCAAAACCAACCUUGUCAAUGCUUCCUCCCUGAUCGCCAAAUCGCUUCCUGGCUCUUUUACCUUCCCAGGCCCAGGCCCCACGGACCGCCGUAUCAUUCUGCAUGUCCACCCGGACCCGAUCCCUGUUGCCUAUUCGUCUGUUCGUGAAUCUUUACCCGUAAUCUUAAACGAUUUCGCAACAGCCAAUCAGGGCCGUCGACCAGACCUAGUGAUUCAUAUAGGUAUCGCCUCGCCAAGAUUGUAUUACUCGGUGGAGCAUUUGGCCCACCGGGAUGACUACAAUAUCACUGAUAUCGAUGGCCGCUCAGGCUAUGAGGACGGAGAGAAGAGGUGGAAGGAGCUAGGACUUCCACCGAUACUCUGUCCAGGGAAGGCGUUCGUUGCCACUAAAGAACAGAAAGACCAACGGUCCCACAAGGGACCCAAGAGUGGCCCCUACCCACCAGAAGGUCACUUCUUAGAGACGUGGAAGGCCAAUGCGUCGGCGGGUCUGGAUCUCCGGAUUUCCCAUGAUGCUGGUCAUUAUCUCUGUGACUUUAUUUUCUAUACUAGCAUGGCCCUGGCUACGCAGCAGGGCCAAGACCGCAAUGUCUUGUUUUUGCAUGUCCCCGGUGCAGCGGAGGAUGCUGACGUCGAGCGUGGGCGAGAAAUUACCUUGGCUUUGAUUAAGGCUAUGGUGACUUGUUGGAUCGAUGAGAAGCAUUGUGCAUGA